AUGGCCUCCUUGGCCUUAUGUCAUGGGUUCAACCUGGACACUGAAAAUGUAAUAACCUUCCAAGAGAACGCAAAGGGCUUCGGGCAGAGUGUGGUCCAGUUUGAGGGGUCCCGGGUGGUGGUUGCAGCGCCCCAGGAGAUAAAGGCUGCCAACCACACAGGAGGCCUCUACCAGUGCGACUACAGCACGGGCAGGUGUGAGCCCAUCCAACUGCAGGUCCCCCCAGAGGCUGUGAACAUGUCCCUGGGCCUGUCCUUGGCAGCUGCUACCAACCCCUCUCAGCUUCUGGCCUGUGGUCCCACCGUGCACCAGACUUGCAAGGAGAACACAUAUGUGAGUGGCUUCUGCUUCCUGUUUGGAUCCAACCUACUGAAGCAGCCCCAGAGGUUCCCAGAUGCCCUCAGAGAGUGUCCUCAGCAGGAUAGCGACAUCGCCUUCUUGAUUGAUGGCUCUGGUAGCAUCAACCCAACUGACUUCCAGCGGAUGAAGGAGUUUGUCUCAGUUGUGAUGGAACGAUUAAAACAGUCCAAAACCUUGUUCUCUUUGCUACAGUACUCAGAAGAGUUCCAGACUCAUUUUACCUUCAAGAAAUUCAAAGAAAAUCCUAACCCGAGAUCGCUGGUGAGGCCAAUAAGACAGCUGCUUGGGAGGACAUACACUGCCACAGGAAUCCGCAAAGUAGUAAGAGAACUGUUUAACAGUGAAAAUGGAGCCCGGGAGAAUGCCUUUAAGAUCCUAAUUGUCAUCACAGAUGGAGAAAAGUUUGGCGAUCCCUUACGUUACGAGGAUGUCAUCCCUGAGGCAGACAGAGAGGGAAUCAUUCGCUAUGUUAUUGGGGUAGGAGACGCCUUUAGAAAUGAGAAAUCCCUCCAAGAGCUUAAUACUAUUGCCUCCAAGCCACCUAGUGAUCACGUGUUCCGGGUGAAUAACUUUGAAGCUCUAAAGACCAUUCAAAACCAGCUUCAGGAAAAGAUCUUUGCAAUUGAAGGUACUCAGACAGGAAGUACCAGCUCCUUUGAGCAUGAGAUGUCUCAGGAGGGCUUCAGUGCUACCAUCACCUCCAAUGGUCUUUUGGUGGGCACUGUGGGGAGCUAUAACUGGGCUGGUGGAGCCUUCCUGUAUACAUCAAAGGAUAAAGUUACCUUCAUCAACACAACCAGGCUGUAUUCAAACAUGAGCGAUGCUUACUUGGGUUAUGCUGCCACAGUCAUCUUGCAGAACCAGGUGCAAAGCCUGGUUCUCGGGGCACCACGAUAUCAGCAUAUUGGCUUGGUGGUGAUGUUCAGACAGAAUGCUGGAGCCUGGGAGUCCAAAGGUGAUGUCAGGGGCAGCCAGAUUGGCUCCUACUUCGGGGCCUCCCUCUGCUCGGUGGACAUGGACAGAGAUGGCAGCACCGACCUGGUCCUCAUUGGGGCCCCCCAUUACUAUGAGCAGAACCGAGGGGGCCAGGUGUCUGUGUGCCCCUUGCCCAGAGGGCGGAGCAAGUGGCAGUGUGAGGUCAUUCUCCGUGGAGAGCAGGGCCACCCCUGGAGCCGAUUUGGGGCAGCUCUGACAGUACUGGGGGACGUGAAUGGGGACAAGCUGACAGACGUGGCCAUUGGGGCCCCAGGAGAGGAGGAGAACCGGGGUGCUGUCUACGUGUUUCAUGGAACCUCAGGAGUGAACAUCAACCCCUCCCACAGCCAGAGGAUUGCAGGCUCCCAGCUCUCCCCCAGGCUCCAGUAUUUUGGUCAGUCACUGAGCGGGGGCCAAGACCUCACAAUGGACGGACUGGUGGACCUAGCUGUAGGGGCCCAGGGGCAAAUGCUGCUGCUCAGGUCCCAGCCGGUGCUGAGAGUUGUGGUGACUAUGGAGUUCACACCCAAGGAAGUGGCAAGGAAUGUAUUUGAUUGUCGUGAACAGGCAACAAAAAACCAGUUCGCUGGGGAGGUCAGAGUCUGCCUCCAAGUCCGCAAGAACACACGGGAUAGGCUGAGAGGAGAGAUCCAGAGCACUGUCAAUUACGACCUGGCUCUGGACUCUGGCCGCCCACAUGCCCGUGCCAUCUUUGACAAGACAAAGAACAGCAUAUGCAGACAGACAAGGGUGUUGGGCCUGACACAGGAAUGUGAGACCCUGAAGCUACAAUUACCGGAUUGUGUAGAGGACUCGGUGAGCCCCAUCACCCUGCGCCUCAACUUCUCUCUGGUGGGGAAGCCCUUGUCCUCUUUCGGGAACCUCCGGCCAGUGCUGUCUGUGGACGCUCAGAGACUCUUCAUAGCCUUGUUUCCCUUUGAGAAGAAUUGUGGCAACGAUAGCGUCUGCCAUGACGACCUCAGCAUCACCUUCAGUUUCAUGAGCCUGGACACUCUAGUGGUGGGUGGUCCCCGGGAUCUCAACGUGACGCUGACUGUGAGAAACGAGGGCGAGGACUCCUACAGGACACAGGUCGCCUUGUUCUACCCGUCCGGCUUGUCCUUUCGGAAGGUGGCAGGGGUCCAGAACCAGCUCUCACAGCGAUCCUGGCGCCUGGUCUGUGAGUCCGGCUCCUCCCCCAAAGGGCCUGGGGUCUUGAAGAGCAGCAGCUGCAGCAUAAACCACCCCAUCUUCCCAGGCAACUCAGAGGUCACCUUUAAUGUCACAUUUGAUGUGGACUCUAAUGCUACCCUUGGAAACAAACUGCUCCUCAAGGCCAAUGUGACCAGUGAGAACGACAUGCCCAGGACCAACAGAAGUGAAUUCCAGCUGGAGCUGCCUGUGAAAUAUGCUGUCUACAUGGUGGUCACCAGCCAUGAGCUCUCUACCAAAUUUCUCAACUUCACGGCUUCAGAGAAGACCAGCCGGGUUAUGCAGCAUCAGUAUCAGUUCAGCAACCUGGGGUGGAGGAGCCUCCCCAUCAGCGUGGUCUUCUGGGUCCCUGUGCAGCUGAACCAGAAGAUGGUGUGGGACCGCCCCCGGGUCACCUUCUCCCAGAACCUCUCGAGUAUGUGCCACACCGAGGAGAGAUCCCCCUCUCACUCUGAUUUCCUGGUGGAGCUUAAAAAGUCCCCAAUGCUGAACUGCUCCAUCGCUGUCUGCCAGAGGAUCCAGUGUGACAUCCCUUCCUUCAGCAUCCGGGAAGAAUUCAAUGUCACCCUCAAGGGCAACCUGUCGUUUGACUGGUAUAUCAAGACUUCACAUGACCACCUCCUGGUUGUGAGCACAGCGGAGAUCCUGUUUAAUGGUUCCAUAUUUGCUCUGCUUCCAGGGCAGGAGGCAUUUGUGAAGACCCAGACAGAGACCAAAGUGGAGCUGUAUGAAGUUCACAACCCCCUGCCACUCAUAGUGGGCAGCUCCGUUGGGGGGCUGGUGCUCCUGGCCCUCAUCACUGCUGGGCUGUACAAGCUCGGCUUCUUCAAACGGCAGUACAAGGACAUGAUGAGCGAAGCUGGUGCCCAGGCGGCCCCACCCCAGUGAUGGCUCCUUUCCUGCUGGGUGGCCUCUCCCGCAACAAGUGGGAUGUCGGUCAGACCAGCAUGCAGAGCCCCAGGCUGCUGGACUGACAUGUCCAUUAGGAGACUGGGGCGGUGACGUCUCACUCAGGAAAGACCCGCCUGGGUUUCCAUGCGUGUGUGUGCAAGCGUGUGUGCGUGUGUGUGUGUGUGAGUUGCGUGUGUGACACUCAGGUGUCUCUUGUGUGUGGGCCAGUGCCUUCGGUGCAGCUUCUUGGGCAGAAGGGAACUGCUUGGGCUUCCUUGUGUGUGGCUGAAGAUGCUGUCGGGCCUGCCUCCGGGAAGGGUGAUGACGGCUCUGUGGGCAGCUCGUUCAUGUGGGCUGGCAUAAAGGGAAACGCAACAGACCCACUCCCCGCUGAAGGAAGCGAGACUUCUCUUUGUCUGCAGCAGGCAGACCUGCAGGAGCCCACACAGCCAGGACCGAGACCACACCGAGAGGCCGUGGGUGGAGCCAGGGCUUGUCACCCAAAAGGAGCCUGUCCAUGGGUGACACACCAGAGUGGUGUGUCACCACUCUGUUCCACACCAGAGUGGUGGGCCCAAUAAAGAUGUCCAGUCAGGAAUG